UUCAUAGAAUAUCAAAUGCUAUCUGGGUUGAUCUUAAUAUGUACAUGUUAUAUUAUGCAUAUUGUAAUACUUUUGUAUGCAGGGCGACCAUGGAAAUCCUGGAGAAAAUACGAAGAGCACACGGUAUAUGAUUCCAGAUUCGAUGAAAACAAAAAAACGUUCAAGCCAUUGCUCUCAAUUAAUAGCCGCUAUUCGCUGAACAGCAAAGGCAGCAACGUGCAUUCUAGUGACAUCUCAUGUUUAGGUUCACUGAAAUGGGCUUUUAACGAACUGAAGUUGCUGAAAAUCGAGCUAAGGCCUUUCAUAGACAACCGAAAGAAAGUGCAUCGAGAAGUGAAAAUGGAGCUACAUCUUGGCGCUAUUCAUUCGAAUGCUCGAUUACGACAAUACUACACUCCUAGCAGCUUCCAAGUGCCGCUGGUAAAGCUGCUUAAAGAACCCGCACAAGUCUUUGUUAAUAGGCGAACCUACAACGUGAAGACUACGCAAGUGGUUCCUCAGAUGAUAUUUUCGCAUCGCACGUCGCCACCUCAGCUACUAGAAAAGCCUCAUUUGCCCCCUUAUAUUUGGGGUGAUUGGGUUUCUAGCAGGUGCGAGACCCGCCCUGGAGGAAACUUGCACCUCACCAGGAAGUUUUCUUUCAAUUCGGACGACUCAUCUUGGAUAGGAGAACAUCAUUUCCAUUCCGAUCCACUUUGCAAAGUUGCAAAGUUUACUGCCACAGCAUCUGGCAAUUUUAAUCUUCAGACCGUUAAUAAAGACCAUCGAGGAUUCAGUGAAAUAGAUUUCCAAAUUGAAAGAACCAUGUUAACUGUGUUCGAGCAACAGAUGAUGGAUUUUAUUGAUGGAACGGCCCACUGUGGAGUGGGCGAAUGGAAAAUUAAUGUAUCGAAAGAACUUUCGCUUACUGGGGGCUGCAAUCAACUAGGCAUUGUUUUGCCGUCCGUCCAGCUGGACGUGGUCAAAGUAGAAAUGGACUACAGCGGUUCGUGCUUAAUGUUCUUGGGACAAGUGGAGACAGACUUUAGCAUGGAUUCAAACGGAAAUAGUGAAAGACCGACAGCUUUCCAGCUGCCACUGUCCAGAUGCGGCGGCGGAUCGACAUAUUCGCCAGAGUUGUGGGACAUUUUAAACGACCAAAUGUAUGCUUAUAACGUUGGACAGGCGACGAAUCUUAUUGUAAAAUGGUACUUUUGGGUAUCAAGUGGUGUGCUUUUUAUACAUUUUAAGUUUGUUUUAUAGAAAGAAGAAUUAUCAUAUUAAUUCUAAGUAAGUAAGUUCUACCUAUUUAGGAGAUGUAGGUGUCUGUGAUAGUUAAAUAUUAAUUGUUUGUAUAAUUUCCCUACAUUACUAAAGAUGUUAAUGAUUA